AUGGCCAUGGGAGGUGCUCCAGCUGGGCCAGCUGGAACUGGUAAAACAGAAACCACUAAAGAUAUGGGCAAAUCUUUAGGAAAAUUCGUGAUAGUUUUCAAUUGUUCUGAUCAAAUAGAUUUUCGAUCAUUGGCUAGAACAUUUAAAGGUUUAGCAAUGUCUGGCAGUUGGGGAUGCUUUGAUGAAUUCAAUCGUAUUGAAUUGCCAGUGUUAUCUGUAGCAGCACAACAAAUAGGUUGCGUAUUAAAAGCACGUAAAGAAGAUUCAAAAAAUUUUCUUUUUAGGUUCUAA